AUUAAAUUCACUUUUAUCAUUAAAGCAUGUAAACACUUGGCUGAAGAACGAUUGAUCUCUGGCCUGAUACGAACCUAGUUCGUUUAAUGUCCACCACGAAAGUAUUACUGUAGAAAUUCUCCUCUAAAAGGGAUAUAUAUUUCACUCUCUCGCUUUUGGUUCUGCGAGCGAUUUUCGUCUAUAUAUAAUUAUAUAUAUAUAUAUCAAGACAAGUGCUGUUGAAUAUUCGACAUAUCUCGGCUGAAUAUGAUCAACGCUCAUUGUCAGCAAAGUCCAGUUGUCUAUUGCAACGAGAAGAAAUUAUACCACUUCAGAAUUUUUGAAUUCAAAUCAGGUAGCUGUAUAUACACUUUUAUAUUAUAUGAAAUUAGUUAUUCAAGACUGUAUAGUCACACGCUGUUUGAUGUACAGUGAAUUAUAGUAAUAAUAUUAUAAGCUCAUGACUGGCACUUACACGCGUAAUACAUACUAUAAUGUUAUUGUGUAAACUGUAUUGUACUUCUAUAAUUUAGUGUAUAUUUUAAUAACGUUCUCAGGGAAAAGCAUACAAAACCGGCUUAUGUAUGUUGAGAUUGGAGUUAGCUGUUGAGAUAGAUAGUCUUGUGUUUAUAUUUUGGAAGCUGUUAUAUGUCAGCGACUGAAGAUUGUAGCCGCGCUGGUUAAUGUAGAACAACGAAGCUAUAUCUUAUUCCUUUAUUGUCAAAGUCGUAGCCACUAGAAAUGUGCUGGGUAAGACAGUGCAUUAUUUCGCAGUGAAUUUUACAUCCUAAUGUAUGUAUGAUUGUACUGACUCGAGUAUAUACUCUUAGCCUAAUGACGUAGACUGCAUAUAAAUUGCACACAGUAGAAUGUAUAGAAAAUUCCUUCGCUAAAAUAGGAUUGCAAAAUCAUUAAAAAUGCAGACAUUUUGAGUUUGGACUUUAAUACUUGUGUCAAAUACAUUCAGUGAACUCGCGCAGUUGAGGAAAUAUUACAGAGUUAUAUUGCCAACGGACAUCUUAUGACGCACUUGCACUCACACAAACAACCUUUUAGCGCCUUUGACCUUAAACAACAAGUCGCACUUUGCUCUUAUAAAUUCUGCUUGCUUGAAAUUAUCUGAAAAUGAGAUUGGAGCGGUGAUAAUAGAGCAUUUAUAUUGUCAUUAAAAGAUUCAAGUCUGGGCUGGAAUUUUUUAAUAUAAUUUUGCUUGUAAAGGCUCAGACAUGAGUUCCAUUAUAAGCGAAUAUCAUGUACCAUUUAUGAAAUAUUGCAAAUAUAAAAUUUCAAACUUAAAAUUGUCAUAACUUUUAAUAACUGGACCAAUAAUGUUGAAGCAGUUCAUGUGUGAGCCCCGUUGUAAAAUGGGAAAUUUCCCUAUCUUCUCUAAUACAAAGCAUUAAUCUAAAUACAAGGUGCUAUAACAACCAGCUGGUCUAUUAAAUAUAUAUAUAUGGAUUUGAAUUUUGCGCAAUGUGUAUAGAUAAAUAAUAAAUAUAUCUAGCCGAGCGAUCUAGAAUACUCCAAAUCUUGCUCAGCAUACGGGAUUAUUAGCAUUUCAUAAAGAAGUUCUUAACCACAUUAUUGCAUGCAUAAAUUAAUACACGUCUGGAAGAAUCGUUAGGCAUUACAUUAUAACCAGCGCUAUAAGCUGUAAAUUAAAUAUAUGUUGAAUUUUUUAAUGCGUUCAGUUGUUUGUUUCUUGUUAGUCAUUUUCAUCAAUUCAAAAGUGUCAAAACUCACUCAAUGCUGGCAAUACCUGCCAUUAGUACAUAAAAUCAUUUUCAUGUAUAUAUGGAUUUAUUGUCCGCCGUAACUAACCUAAAGAGUAAAGGCUUCUAAGAUAUAGCAAAACAUUUUACUUAAAAGUAUAUAUAAUACGGUCGUUAUACUGACCAUAAUGGCUCCUUGUUUUCAAAUACGUUUAUCUCUAAUAGUUACAUAAUUAUGAUAAAAGCUUGGCUCAAGAUGGAGUUUCAUAAUAUGAGAUAUUUUAAUGUACAAAACACGAUGCGUACAAUACUGUUGUGAUGGCGAGGAAAGAUUGCAUCAGCCUGCUUUCCAUAUGUCCCAUAUAUGCUCGUAAUGCUCGUCAAAAUAGAGUCAUGAUCUUUCUCAACAGCCAGUUUAUAAUAGUUUACACCCAUCAGUAUAAAUCAUAAGUAUUCUCUUGUUCUAAUCAUUCCUCAUAUUUUUAGUUCUAAAAUGUUGUAUUUCAGCUGAUGAGAAAGACCGUGACUCAAUCUUUACGACCGUUACGACCAUAUGGAAACCAGGUUUAAUUAAACAACUGUGCAGGUUCCACAAAGGGCUGAUAGAGCUAUCCACUAUAGAUAAUCAUUUUGAACCGUUGUAAAAUUGCUAGAAAAGUUAUAAACUACCAAUAUAAACUUCAAAAUUAAUAAAACGAUUUCAAACUUUAAUUCAUUGACGAAGAAUUUAGAAAGGUUUCCAUCUCAUAUCAACGCAGAUAUUGCUAAAUAUGCUAAAUAUGCUAUCCGAGUCAGGAUUAGAUUGGACAAAUACCUGAACUCUGCAUGUAGUAUGCUUUGUGGUGGACCGCAGUUUUGGUUCUUCUCCAAAACUAUAAUUAAAAUACACGUUUUAAAUUAAUUGGUCCACAACUGACGUCAAACUCAGCUUAUUUGAUUUUAUAAUUUUUGUUUAGUAUUUUAAUAUUUGCAUCUUUCCAAAUUGAUCAAAAUGAAAAAUAUAUAACAUUAGUUGCGAUAUUAAGUAACAUAAUUGAAAUUGAAAGAAUUUUGAAAUCAUGCAGCGUGUAUGACGUUAACACAGCGAAACGCUGAUUCAAAUUUAAUUGAUGAGAGUUGAUCAGAGUCUUUGCUAUACGUGCGCUGUGAUAUCCAAUCAUCUCUCAUGCAACUCUUGUUCUCGUUUGACAGGGGAAUGAGAGUUGAGAAAACUGUCAUGCAAACUCUCGUUUCCCAACUCUCAUCAACUCUCAUGCAACUCUUGUUCUCGUUUGACCGGGGCAUGAGAGUUGAGAAAGCUGUCAUACAAACUUUCGCUUCUCAACUCUCACCAAUUUUCAUGCAACUCUUGUUCUCGUUUGACAGGGGAAUGAGAGUUGAGAAAGCUGUCAUACAAACUCUAGGUUUAACUAACAAGGCUUAACUACUCAAAAGCGCGAUUCUGAUUGGUUAUCUUUUUGGUUAUGUGAUUGGUUAACUCCAGUUAACUACAUUUUCAUACAACGGCCCCUGGAAGCCUAUGUUUGCCUUGAUAUGAUCAUGAAGCCGAAGCUCGCAAUUAUUUUGUUUUUCUAAAAUUUCGUUAAUUUCCAGUGUAGCCUUCUGCUGCAUGUUUUUCGAUAUUUUCCGGAAUUCCAAAUUUUUUAUUAUUAAUUAGUCUGGGAAAGCAGACGUCAGCACACUUCCAAGAAUACGUCAAAGCGGUCAAGGAAAUGAAGCACCGCAGGAAAUGACCGCCCAUCUAUGACAUAAAAAAAUUAUAUGAUCUAGAUCGUGAUUAUUGUGGCGUGUAUAUGUCAUGACUGACGUCAACAUGGUCAGUAGGAAAGGAUUUUACUGACAUAUUCUGUGCAUUGAUAUUUUCCGUUUCAAAAUAUUGCUCCAAUAGAUAUUCAUCUGCUAAUCAUCGGGUUUUGGCUUAUAAAGCUUCCUUCCUACUUCGAAAUUCUUGGAAUAAUUUAAGCGCUUCGUCGGGGAACUACAAUGAGAAAUGUAUAUAGUCACUUUCAUCUCCAAAUACCGCCUAAAUUCUAUACUCAUGUAUUUGCACCCAGUUAAUGACGGUUUAUUAAUCCCGUUGAUUUUUUUAAUUAAAAUCAUAAUAUUUUAUACUAAGUACAUCCAUGCAUUGUAUGUAUGAAUCACGCAGAGUAUAGGCUUUCUUGAAAAGGUGAAAAAACAAGCAAAACAUGCUGAUGUAAAAUAGUAAAAUUGUCUCUUCAAAUUUGUUGUUCCUUAUUAAACAGGCAAUAGUGAAAUAUUUUUUCUGUUAUAAACUCGAACGAUCUGUGGCAGCGUAGGUAGUGACACUAGAAAACCGGUUGGUUUCAAUGACCUGAAUAAUACAAUUAAAACUUGCGAAAAAGGCCCUAGCUACAACUUCUCGGGCCUUCGCUAGAAAUAUCGAAGUUUUAUCUGCAUUUUUAGUAGUUGAAUUUUUGCCAAUCCGCACUUUUCUAACCGCAGAUUUUUAUCGCAUGUUACCUUGUGCCAAGAAAUUUGUCUUGCCAGUUUUACUGACAUGUUCCAGAAUGUAUCAGAAGGUCUGACUCGACACACUUUGUUUCUGGGACUGAGUGGAUAGGCAUUCCUUUUGUGUGACAUUACUUGUGUUUUGGGCACAUUGACAUUGUGUAGUCUCGCUGGCAUUUUUCAUAUCCUUCUAAUUAUGUGUUUUACUUCUCAGCGCAUGCCAAAUUAAGUAAUGCCGCUGUUUAUAGUCAUACGUUUUUCUUGUUUAGUAUUGGUAAUAUAAUACAGAGGUUCACAUUUGAUUUACUACCUCUCUCUGCUUACUCCGCAUCUGAAUGGUGAAACCGAUAUAUGAAACGUAUUUGAUUGGUUAAUCGGAUAUAUGAAACGCAUCUGAUUGGUUAAUCGGAAAUAUGAAACGCAUCUGAUUGGUUAAUCGGAAAUAUGAAACGCAUCUGAUUGGUUAAUCGGAAAUAUGAAACGCAUCUGAUUGGUUAAUCGGAAAUAUGAAACGCAUCUGAUUGGUUAAUCGGAAAUAUGAAACGCAUCUGAUUGGUUAAUCGAAAAUAUGAAACGCAUCUGAUUGGUUAAUUAAUCGGAAAUAUGAAACGCAUCUGAUUGGUUUAUCGGAUAUAUGAAACGCAUCUGAUUGGUUAAUCGGAUAUAUGAAAUGCAUCUGAUUGGUUACUCGGACACAUGAAAUGCAUCUGAUUGAUUAAUCGGAUAUAUGAAAUGCAUCUGAGUGGUUAAUAAUCCUUCAAUGGUAGCAGUAGUGGAAGUCAAAUUUGAAUCUCUGCAUGUGUUAUACAUCAGCAGCAUUAUUUUGUGCACUCUUUUACGUAAAAUAUGUUUAUUUCACCGUUAUAGUUUUCACUUAGAGUUUUAAUAAGCCAGCUUUCUGUGUGAAUAACACCAAAGAAUAAAUCCAGGACUUUGUAAUAUUUCGAUGUAGAAAAUGAGUAAAAAUUGACUUUUCAUUGAUUUUGCAGAACCGUUUUGUGAAGAAAGAAAUGGCACGUUAUUGUCAAGGUCAUGUGACAAUGUCACACAGAAGUUAAGACAAGCUGAAAGGUUAGUCGAUGAUCAUGCACCUAAUGCUUUUUUUGUAUUGUUCCUAUCUAGUCUGAAUACAAUCAGUGCGGACAAAAUUCCUGAUUUUAGCAUGUAUGUUAGCUUGCAGUAGAUAUUGAGUUAAAAUUGUCGAUAAAGUUUUACAUGGCAGCAAAAAUCACGACAGCUUUUUUGUGUUUAAAGGCCGAUUUCCAUUCAGUGCAAAAUGUCGCAAGAUCAACUUUUUGUGAUCGCUUUCUUUUGAAAUGUGUUCAGUCGACCUCGUCCGUUGCGUUUGAUUGCUUGUUUUCAAACGAAAGUGAUCGCAAAAUUUCGAUCGCGCGACAUAUUCCAUUGAAUGGAAAUCCGCCUUAAUAGUGCCCUUUUCCCAUCAUUAUGAAAUUUCAGGUUUUUCCACCGUUGAUAAUUGGACGUAAAACAAUUGAAAAUGAAUCCCAUUUGGAAUUAUAUUCAUGAAUUUAGAUUUAAAAAGAAGUCUUGGACAUGUCUUCAGAGGUUUGACAGCCCUGAAAGUAAUGGCAACAAUUCCGCAUUCAUCGACCAGUACGAGCAAAAGAAGUGGCGGUUUACUUGAUUUGUGUUUCUGCUUGUUUUACCAAAAAUGAAAGAAAUCUCUAGCUUUCCAUUUAUAAUUUUCCAAAUGGUAUAAUUCGGGAAUCAAAAGAACUCCGUAAGAAGUGGAUAAAUGUAAUUGCCUGCAAAGAUUUCUUACCAACAACAGGCCAUAAAGUGUGUUCUUUGCACUUUCCUGGAGGACGCAAAACCUACGCGAACCAGCUGGAAUACGUGUCUGAAUGUUCCACAGCAUCCUCAACGAAUUAUCGAUUAACAAUAAAAGUACAGAAUAUAACUCCUUUAUAUAUAAAAAAAAUAUACUUCGGGAUUUCUUUUAUUCUUGCUAAAACAACCAGGAACCCAAACACGUAAAACCACCAUUUCUUUCACUCCUACCGUCGAUGAAUGCGGAAUUGUUGUCGUUACUUUCAGGUCUGCCUAACCUCUGAAGACCCGUGCAAGAACUGUGGUCUUCAUUGGCUUGAAUAGCCUCUAAAAGGACGUCAGAGAACAGCAGCACACUCACCCACGACAUUAGGUAUUUUGGAUUGUUUUCCUGCUGAUGACUACUAAGACCAAAAUUCCCCGCGCGCUUCACACCUUGUGACGUCAUUAGGAAUAAGGUCUAUUGUUGUUACUUCUGCUUUCGUUCGUUAUUUAUAGCUUUUCCUUCUGGUAUGUACUGCUUUAAUCAUGCACAAAGCUGCACAAUGCAAUUUUUAAUCGGCUUCUAUUUAGUCAUUUCAAUUCUGCUUGGAAUGACACACGGUAUUGAAAGCAGAAAAGCACGUUAAGGUUGAACGUUUCUGUUAUACACUCAGUACAUUUAGAAAGCUGCGGAUUGUUCUUGAUUGCAGGUAGUUCUGCGGAUCGUUCUUGUUGUGUUGAUUGAUAGAGAUUCAACUACCUGAAAAAUGGAAAGAGAAAUUUGUCGUUUCGAGCGAAGAUCCUUCGUCGGGAAUAGUGACAAAGCUGGCCAUGGCAAAUGGUCAUGCUAUGCUACUAAACCUGCAUCUAUACACGUUAAGGACAAUACAUUUCUAGAGGUUUGAAUAAUGCAAAUGAUUAAAAAUUUACAUAGCAAUAGACCUUUUCCCUUAUGAUUGAAAUUUUGAUCUAGAUAUGCCUAGACAAAUGCGAAGUUUGCCAAAUACGAAGUUUGCCAUUUUUCAGUCAUUUUGCAUUAUAAACGGAAAAUUGAUAAUCAGAUGAUCAAACUGAUUAUCAAUUUUCCCAUUUGUAAUACAAAAUGACUGAAAAACGGCAAACUUCGCAAGGUUAUAUUAUCCGCAUUUUACAACAUUUCGGAACGAAACUUCGGAAUAUUACUAAUUUUGUGAUGCUCUUUCAAGCUGUGAUUUUUGUCCAGACUUGUCUAGAUCAAAAUUUCACUCAAAAGGGGAAAGGUCUAUUGUCAUGGCUAAGCUCGCCGCUGGUCCGGAAAUUAGACAGUCUAACUUCCCGAUGUAGGGCUUCCGCUCGAAACGUCAAACUGUCGAAGUUCUUGUAGUUUUCAGUCAGUUGCAUCCCUAUCAAUCCAAAACUUUCUUAUUAUUGGCAAUACCUACACUGCCACACACCGUUCUGUACAUUUAUUAAUAUUUAAAAAACGAACUUUUAAAAUAACAUUUCUACUCCAUGUUUAUUCACACUUCCAUUUAUGUUUGCACUCAACUUUGAUUUGUAUAUUUACAUUGCUCUUCAUUCAUCUCCAACCUUCCCUUUUUCCAGAAACAAGCGCAUGUCUGACUCGUUUCCAUUCCACUUCUGGACGCGCGCGCCAAACCGACGUCAUCAGCUGUUCAAUCGAACCAAAUCUUUACCAAUUGAUCUGAGUGAAUGUGGACAGGACAAUUUUUCUCGGGAAGAUUCCCGUGAUGAUCAAAUGUUACUUUCGAAUAAAUAUACUUACACACGUGAUAAUCAUUUGAAGAGAAGGAUUAAUGGGUUCCAUAAUAACAAUCAUGAAAAUCAUCACGGUUCUAGUGGAAUGUUAAAGUUGGUCGAGGACAACAAAGGAGAGCUAAGUGAAGAUAAAUCAGAACACUCUACAGACUUAUCGCAUGCGGAACCACAUAGCACUAACAUCAUGCAUAGCGAUACCUUGGUUGAUGAACAAUGUGCAAAGGUAAGACAUUUAGCUGUUUAAGGGGUUGUUUAUAUGGAGCAAGCCACCUGGAGUACCCGAGCGCGCUCGAUUAUGGCAAAAUUCUUCCUUAGUUUGUUAUUUUUUCGUUUUAAAUUUCUUCUUGCGUUUAUAUGGAAACCGAGGAACCCCCUCUGUUCCCCAGUUCAAUGUUGUGGGGUACAAAAACUGGUUGGAAUACGCCAACAUUGGAAUUGAGAUUUUAACCGUGUUCUGGGAAUACAAUCAACAUUGAACGAUUGGCUAAAGUGUCACAGAUGUUUUGUCCAGGAUUGCAGAUUGUCCCAAAGUUUUGUAGCCUGCUUAAGUUAUCUCAUGUAAUCAAGGGUGAGAUUUGGGUAAACAAAGACCGGGAAGCUGGCUCGCCCUCAUUUCAACAGCCCCUGAACUUCAAAACUAUUUUCGUGACUUAUAUGGUGUGCUAUUUUAUACCUCAAUCUGAAAAUGUUGUACUUUCAUUAAAUCAGCUAGCUCUGUUCUACAAGCAUACUUCUACCUUAAAAUGAGGAUCUGAGUGGGUAACAACUGGACGAAGGAAUUCUAGGAAUUCUCUCCAAUUGAAAUUCGAUAAGAUUCGAUUGUGAUUGCCACUUUUUAAGGUUAAGAAAGCUCCGGCUUGAUAGGGCAAAGCUACCUAAAAAAUACAAGCAAAGUGACGUUUCGAGGGAAUGCCCUUCGUCGCGGGACGUCAGUAACGUGAAGAAAAACUUCGCUCGAAACGUCGAAGUUCUCCUUGUAUUUUUAUGGUAGUUGCAUUCCUAGCAAUCCGUAGCAGUUUCUUAUUAUCGUCACUACCUAUGCAUUUUUGAGGUUAAAACUUUUAAUCGCAAACCUCCAUCCACUUUCGUGCCAUUUUGUGCGACGCAACUUGCAUGACCGAUACAACUUUAAUCUUUAAUAAAAUUUCUUUCGACACGGUAGCCUAUUCAGUAUAAUAUUUACAAUCUGCUUUUCCGGUUCGAAUUCGCGUUGAGAGGUCGAAGAUUUACGAUUUGAGUUUUAUCUUUCAAUGUACAAUCUUAUUUGAUCAACCGUAUGUCGGUUUUUCAAAUCAAAUUUAGGAAUAUAUUCUAUUUUUAGAUGAAUAAUUUAGCAAUUUAUUUUAUUUUUAGAUGAACUCAAAUCUAAACCAGCUAUCAACUCGCUACGCGAAGGAACAUCUUCAAGCUAAGUCGGUAGGAAAACAUUCAUCUCCCUGGUGUACACUAUUUUGUGAUCACAGUAGGAAAUCUGUAUCGAUAAAUUCUGAGUUUUGAAAGAUUUGUAACAAAUGUUCGAGGGAACAAAAUUAAUUUAGUGUUUACUUCAGUCAACUUACAUAUCCUUCAUUAUGUAGUCCAACAUCGACCAACAUGCAAUGUUCACCAAUGACCAACAUUAGUGAUACAAUGUUUACCAAUGACCAACAUUAGUGGUACAAUACUUUAGUGGUACAAUGUUUACCAAUAACUAACAUCAGUGGAACAAUGUUGAGCAGUAUGACCAACAUUGUUGGUACAAUGUUGAGCAAUGACCAACAUUGUUGAUACAAUGUUCAUGAUCACCAACGGCUAACAUUAGUGGUUGGAAUGUUGAACAAUGACCAACACUGUUGGUGCAAUGUUGAACAAUUACCAACAUUAGUGAUACAAUAUUGAGCAAUGGCCAAUAUUGUUGGUACAAUGUUGAUCAUUGACCAACAUUAGUGGUACAAUGUUGAGCAAUGACCAACAUUGUUUCGGAUGUUACUCUGAGUGUGUAUCCACAACGGGCAGGCUGAAACGUUUGCCUGCACUGUGAGUAACAUCAGAAAGAUUAUAUUCACCUGAGUACAAAACAUCAAAACAAACUAAAAAAAUACAGUGUCCAACAUUGUUGGUACAACAAUGUUGAACGAUAUUAGAUGUUGGAUGAAAAUUUUAAACAAAGUCAAAACCUAUCGAACUUCAGGCAACAUUAACAACAUAUUUCAACGAAGCCAAGAACGUUGGAUGAUGUUGGAUCAGCGUGUUAGCCUCGUCUGAAAGUGAGGUUUAGAUUACAACAACCGCAAAUUUUUCAUUGUUCAUCAUUAGUACCCUCCCCAUUAUAAAUAUAGCCUAGUAGUGAACCUUCUGUAAAUACGACGUUCAAUAAACAAAAGAAGCGCACGGAACUUGUCCCUGUAAAAACAGUCGUCCUCAAUAAUUGACUUUACUUACACUAAAUUCCAUGCAUUUGUUAAAUAUAGAAAGAAGAACUUAUCUCUAUCGUAUUGGAAUUACAAGAUGCCUUGAAAUUAGUCACUGACGAUUAACUUCAUGCGUUAGCGUGUUAAUUGGCAUAUGGGUGGCAUUAAUAUGGUACGGUUAAGAGUGGUGGUACAUUUGGUGUCCAAGAAAUUGCCAUUCACGUCGGUGAAUCUGGAAUGAAACAUGUCCAAAACAUGAACAGUAUUGGCAUUGAUAGUAUUCAAGCUUCGCAAAGACAACUUACUCUAGAUAUUCAGCCCGAAAUGACUGUACUCGCAUAUUCAGCACUGAGACGUGUCCGACCGAUCUAAUAUUAGUGCGCCGAGUUUUGGUGGAACAAAAACUGUAUGUGCAAUGGAACGCGAAUUAGCUAGAAAAGUGCUAAUCGGGAAACAAGUAGCUUCAAGAAAUCACAAGAUUUUGUUGUGAGAUAAUUUAGUAAAGUAGUAUUCUUUGUAAUAUACGUUUGUAGAAUAGAAUAGAAAUUACGACCCAGUAAGAUUUGUAUAGUUGUACCUACUAGAGGGCAUUUUUUUAUAUAGCAGAUAAAUUAUUAUACUAAAGUGAUUUGUAUAAUGUUCGUUGAUACAUAUCGUAAAAAAUAUUGACAAAAAGAUAUGUUUAGAGCUCAAUAAUCUCGUGGAAUAUGUGAGGAUUAUUUUACGUUUAUUUGAACAACUGAAAUCAAAGUUUAUGAAAACUUGUGUUCUCGGAGUUUGUGUACACAG